AUGAACGAGUUAAUCAGCUAGGGUAAAAGAAACAAAGACAAAUAAGACUAAAGUGGGUCUAGCGAUGAGUCAGACUCAGACUAAGAUUUCGGCAUUGGCAGGUGGUAAGGCAAAAGAACAAAUGAAUUAUCAGUCAUUGGAGGAUUUACAUACAUAAAGGAUGAUAAAGUUAGAUCAAGUGACUUUCCAAUUUGCAUAGCCUCAGUAUUUAUGAUUGCUGCGCCAUCUCUACUCUAUCUAAUCGUUAUAUUGCCUUAAACUUUUACUUGGUAUGGAUCAGUAAUUGUAGGAAUAAUAUAUGUUGCAAGUCUCGUAGCAAACUUUGCAAUUUUGCUCAAGUGCUCGCUUACUGAUCCAGGCAUCAUUCCAUCAAUAAAAUCAUCGAAUAUCAACAAGGAUAAAUAUUAUUAUGUAAAGUAUGAUGAUAAGUUAAGAACUAGUCAAAACGAUUUAAUGACAGGAGAGGAAUUUUAUGAUCAAGCUUGCUAUCAAUUACUCCCACCCCCGCCAGCUGAAGGUGAUAAAGAGGAGUUCUAUAAAUAAAACAAUGAUGCAUUUGCGCUUGCCUUCUGCCGUACUUGUCAGAUUUUGAGACCACCAAGGUCAUUCCACUGCAAGACUUGCAAUAUAUGCAUAGAAUAGCAUGAUCAUCACUGUCCCUGGGUGGGCACUUGUAUCGGAAAGAGAAACCACAGAUAUUUCUCAAUGUUCCUAUUCUGGACAUCCAUACAUGCUCUGCUUACUUGUGCUCUCACUCUAGUCUUCUUCAUUCAAACCUAUCAAAACCAAGGCAAAGUAGACGUCAGAAAUCUGCCUAACGUUUUGACCAUAUUUUUGUUCACAUAUUCAGGCAUUUUCUUUGUCACUCUAAUUGGUUUUUGGUGCUAUCAGAAUUGCCUAAUCCUCGACAAUGUUACCAGCAAUGAGCAUUUGAGAAGAAACUGGAAUGGCUCUAAACAUAGGAAGAAGCAAUUGGAGAAUGCAGCCAGGCCAAGCAUUUUAUAAAGAAUGAGGUAUUUCUAUUUCUCAGAGCUGCCUCCAUCAAGAGUUUAAGCAUAUUUCAAGAUAAAGAAAAACGAAAAUACUGACGACUAGUUGCAACAACUCAAUAAUGAAGGUAGUUCUAUCACUAAUUUAAAAUCAAUUAACAAUGAGGCUGUUCUAAGAGAGUAUGGCAUCAUAAUGCAAAGCGAGGAAUUGCUGGUUUGA